CUCCCUCGUGAACAUGCGCGGUAUAUUUAAGCCUCUUUGACCUGGACUCACAGAGCUGACAUGAACAUCUUUGCUAAGGUCCCUGGAAUAGCUCAACUAACCAGCAAACUGGGGUCUGCGCUCCAACGUGCUUUUUACGGGUCCAGUGGACGGGUGACCCUGUAUGAACAGCGAAACUUCACGGGCCGUCGGCUUGACCUCACCACAGAAUGUCAGAAACUAACGGAGAAGAACUUCCCUGAGAGAUGCAAUUCUGUCCAGGUGGAGAGUGGGGCCUGGGUGGGCUACGAGUAUGAUAACUUCCGGGGCCGUCAGUACCUGUGGGACAUGAGUGACAGGGGCGAGUACAACAGCUGUGACAAAUGGAGCGGCCCCGUGGAUCAUGUAUCCUCCAUCCGAGCCGUCAGACAGGACAACAACCCCCCUCACAUCCAGCUGUUUGAGAGGCCCGGGUUUUCAGGAAGAAAAACAGAGCUGCAGGACGACAUCCCCAACUUGAUGACCCGAUUCAGCAUGAACCGCAUGGCUUCCGUCAGGGUCCUGGGCGGAGCCUGGGUGGUGUAUCAGGAGCCAAACUACAGGGGCACGCACUACAUCCUUGAGAAGAGGGACUACAACAAUCACAGUGACUGGGGAGCACAGGGGAGCACGGUGGGGUCCAUCCGAAGAGUCCGCUUCAACUGAACCGACCGGCCGCCAGUCAGCAGCCAUCCAAACAAACACAAGCUAUUUAAUAAAAAAGAAACAACAACAACAAA